AUGACGUCCUUCGUGAACAAGGGCCUUGCGGCCUUGGCCCUUGGUGCUGCCGUCGCCGAGGCUCAGCUUUGGGACAAGGUCAUUCAGACCUCCCUCGGUCCUGUCAAGGGUUACAAGUACUUCAACGAGUCGACUCUUGAGACAUACUUCAAUCGUUCCGAAUCCAAUGUCACAGCUUACUUGGGCAUUCCCUUCGCUGCUGAUACCGGUUACCAGAACCGUUGGAAGCCCCCACAGCCCCGCGAGUCUUGGAAUGAGACUUAUGAUGCCACUUCGUGGGGUCACCCUUGCCCUAGCAAUGGUGUCGACAAUAUCAGCGAGGACUGUCUGAACCUGAACGUCUGGACCAACGCCGGUACCGCAGAUGCUAAGCAUCCAGUUAUUCUCUGGAACCAGGGUUCUGAUGAGACCAGCAACGAUGCUUGGUGGUAUGGUGGUGGUAUGGCUUUGAAGGAUGUCAUCUUAAUCACCUUCAACCGUCGUGACGAUGUCUUCGGCUAUCUUUCUCACGCUGACCUCAAUGCCGAGGGCCUCGCGGCCACUGGCCACAACACAUCCGGUAACUAUGGUGUGCUCGACCAGCUGGAGGUUCUCAAGUGGAUCCAGAAGAACAUUGCCAACUUUGGUGGUGAUCCCGACCGCGUCACCGUUGCUGGCCAGUCUUUCGGUUCCUCGCAGGUCUACCAUGCCGUGAAUAGCCCUCUCUUCAAGGGCUACUUCCACGGUGGUAUUUCUGAGUCCGGUAUCCGUUGGCCCCGCGACCCCAUGCUAGCGGGUCUUGCUACCUCCUACAACAACAUGUCGGCUGCCCUCUUCCACGGCACAAACUACACCACCUUCCACAAUGCUUCUACCAUCGCAGAGAUGCGGGAGAAGUCUAUGGAAGACCUUCUGAUUGGCUCCCAGGACCGCGUCAACAGUACUUGGAUCUGGUGGGUGACCGCUCUGUCCGCCGACUACCCCUUGAUCUUCAAGCCUGUGCUGGACGACUACGUCCUUCCUGGGAAGUACAUCGACUCCUUGAAGAACGGCCCUGCCAACGACGUCCCCGUCAUCACCGGUAACGCCAAAGACGAGUCUGGCGCCGCCCUCUCCACCGACUACACCCUGGAGGAGUACAAGUCCUACUGCACUCUCAAGUAUGGCGAUCUCGCUAAGCGUUACUUCGAGCUCUACCCUGCCACAACCAACCAGACUCUCGCCGAUCACGCCUGGAACGCCGCUGCUCGUGAUAUGUCGGUCGUUGGUUCAUGGGCCUACGGCACUGAGUGGUACAAGGCUGCCACCGCGGACUUCUACACCUACUACUGGACCCACGCUCCCCCGGGUCAGAACCAGGGUGCUUUCCACCAGUCGGAGAUCAUGUACGCGCUGAACGCCCUCUACGCCAACGCGGAUACCUACCCCUUCACCGCCAUCGAUUACGAGAUCCAGGAACAGAUGUCCUCCUACUGGGCUAACUUCGCCAAGACCCUCAACCCUAACCUAGGUGGUUCCUACCAAGGUAGUGGUAAGCUCGCUGAGUGGACCCCCAACACCGCCAACGGUACCAAGGUCGUUAUGGAGCUGGGCAACUACUUCGGCAACGUCCCCAUUGCCCGCGGCCAGAAAUAUGUCGAUUUCAUCAUGGACUACUUCUCCCAGCAGUUCGCUUACUAA